GGUCAGGAUGGCAUUGACGGAGGAAUGUAUGAACCUCAGAUGCUUCCUGGCCGCGGGCGAGGUCGCGGGCGGGGCCGAGGUUGGGGUCGUGGGCGUGGGCGCGGGCGCGGGUUUGGCGCCAGUCACGACUACACCCAUGGCUACAGACCACCAGUCUACCGAAAGACCAUGGCAGCAGCUGGACGUGAUAUCCAUGACCAACUUUGCAAAGUACGGCGAGAUUGCCGAUAUAUUUGAUGCCUCUAUCAGGCAGAAGGGGAUAUGCUACGAUUGGCCAUGCCACGGUUACUGUUGUCCGUCCGAUCUGCGGCCGGGCUCCGACAAGCGCUGCCCGGCAGCCAACGACCGCCAGGCCACGGUCCUGUUUUCGCUGGUCAGCCCCAAGGAGUCGUUCCAGGACAAGGACAAGGCGUACUUUGAGCGGUUCGGCAAUGUCGUAUCGUUUUUCCCGUAUCGUGGCCGCCAAUUUGAGUACGUGGUAGAGUACUAUGACUCGCGCAGUGCCUAUCAUGCCGCCAUGUCGUGCAACCGCCUGCAGUUCCAUGGCGGCACCAUGCAUACCACCUUCCUCUGGGACGGGUCGACUGAGGGCUCCGUUGUGUACGACAAAGCGUACUUUGAUAGGCUGUGCGGAGGCAGCAAUGAUGGUGCCGCGAGUUUCUCGAUGCUGUCUGGGCCCAGUGGCCAAGGAAAGCCCAAGGAAUGGAACAUAGACUAUGGCGUCAGUAGUGGCUGGAGCGCCGGCCCGCAGGUAAGGCAGAGGCCAAAUACCGGCGAUAAUCCUUUGGCAGCCCAGACACUAAAGCGCAGUGCAGAAAGCGCUCCCCAGUGGCCAGCAGUCGAAGAAGAAAUGGGCACCAAUGCAUCCACAGCCAUCAUACGGCUUCCAAUGUCGGAGGCCGGGAUGCCAGCACCUACGGGUUUUAACAGACCAGGACUGCUUCCUGUGUCCCCUGCUGCAGCAGGUCUGCCGGGUCUCACCACUGCGCCUCGCCCAUUAGCCAUUCCUGCAGUCAGCAAUCUCUUCACGCCUGCACCCAGCCAGGGCUCUGGUUCAGAACACUCGACAGAGAAUUCACCGCAUAGCCAGAAGCAUGAUGCUGCCAAGUCCUGGAUGCCAAGACGCGAUCACGGUGGGGCGGAUUCUACAGCAGCACCAGAUGCAGUCGGGUCUUUUGCUGAGCAGCUCAGCGAUAUCCCCGCCAAUGUCGGCCUCGCUACUGUCAUACUCGCAGGCGCAGACCAUGCCGCAGACCGCUCCGCCACUGCAGGCGUGGGGCUCCUCGCCGUCGCUGUCGCUGGAAAACUUUGUGUCGCCGGUGCCUCCCAUGGCCAGAAGUACCACUGGCAUCAUGAACGCAAUCGCCUGCGACCAGCACGUUCUUGA